UAGAACAGUGCUCGGCACAUAGCGAGAAGCAGCUCAACAUGAGUGGCCUUGGGGACAGCCCCACGGACCCUGCCAACCUUGAUUCCCGCAAGAGGAAAGGCUCCCCAUGUGACACGCUGGGGUCCAGCCCGGAGAAACGGCGCCGGGAGCAGGAGAACAAAUACCUGGAAGAGCUGGCGGAGCUGCUGUCGGCCAACCUCGGGGACAUCGAUAGUCUGAGCGUCAAGCCAGACAAAUGCGAGAUUCUGCGGAAGACGGUCGGCCAGAUCCAGCAGAUGAGGAGGAGGGAGCAAGAGAAAGCAGCGGCAGACGAUGACGUCCAGAAGUCGGACAUCUCCUCCAGCAGCCAAGGGGUGAUUGAGAAGGAGUCCCUGGGGCCGCUCCUCCUGGAGGCCCUGGACGGGUUUUUCUUCGUGGUGAACCGAGAGGGGAGGAUCGUGUUUGUGUCCGAGAACGUGACCGGCUACCUGGGCUACAAGCAGGAGGAGCUGAUGAACACCAGCGUCUACAGCGUCCUGCAUGUGGGUGACCAUGCCGAGUUAAUCAAAAACCUGCUGCCCAAAUCUCUAGUGAACAAUGUGCCGUGGCCCCAGGAGGCCCCCCGCCGCAGCGGCCACACCUUCAACUGCCGGAUGCUGCUGCGGGGCCCGGGCGGGCAGGGGGCGGAUGGUACGGACGGCGCCGGGGGUGCCGAGGCCAGGAGUCAGCGCUACGAGAUGAUGCAGUGUUUCACGGUCUCCCAGCCCAAGUCUAUCACGGAGGAGCCCGAAGAUUUCCAUUCCUGUUUGAUCUGCAUCGCCCGGCGCUUCCCGCGGCCGCCCGCCGUCCCGGGGUCCGAGUCCUUCAUGACCAAGCAAGACACGACAGGUAAAAUCAUCUCCAUCGACACGAGCUCCCUGCGGGCCGCGGGCCGGACAGGCUGGGAGGAUCUGGUGCGGAAAUGCAUCUACGCUUUCUUCCAGCCGCAUGGGAGGGAGCCGUCCUACGCCCGGCAGCUGUUUCAGGAAGUGAUGACCCGCGGCGCGGCCUUCAGCCCCCCGUACCGCUUCUCCCUGAGCGACGGCACAGUGCUCAGCGCCCGCACCAAGUGCAAACUGUGCUACCCGCAGAGCCCGGACGCCCAGCCCUUCAUCAUGGGCAUCCACAUCGUCGACAGGGAUCCCAGUGCACUUUCUCCUCCAGAAAGCCCCAGCUCUGGCCUGGCCCUUCCCCGGGUGAAUCCCACCGGGCACCCCGCCCUCUCCCCUGCACCGGGCCUAGCGCCGGCCUCCGCCCUUCCCCCCGCCGCCAGCGGCCAGCAGCCGACCCCCGGCCCCCCGGCCGGCCCCCCGCCCGGCAGCGGUAGCGGCGGUGGGGGCGGCGGCGGCAGCGGCUCGAGCCCCGGCCAGAGUAACUUCGGGUGUCUGCUGGGCAGCCAGGCCCCAGCCGCCGGGCUGGCCUCCUCCGCCCCGGGCCCCGGCCCGGCUCUGGGCCUCAGCGGAUCCCCCCUGGGCAGCCCCGCCGGCCUCCCCCCGACGCAGUUCGCGUCUCCCAGACGGCAGAUGAGCCCGGGACUGCUGGCCCGGCCCAGGGUGCCAGGGAACCCUUUCUCCCCGCCCUCCCUGCCCCCGCUGGGGUCCCCCGUCGGCGGCGCCAGCGGUGCCUGUCCCGGCGCCCACCGGCCCUACGCGCCCGGCCCGGGCGCCGCCCUGCAGGGCGUCUGCGAGGGGCCCGGCCACCCCGCCGGCUUCGCCCCCACCCCUCCCGUCCUGCGGCCGCCGGGCUCUCAGGGCUCCCCGGGCCCCCCGGCCCCCCAGGGCCCCUCGGGACCCCCCGGCCGGCUGGGCAGCAAGACUGAGCCCAGGGACGGCAAGGAGGUGGCCUCCCUCCUGAGCGAGAUGAUGCAGGCCGGCGACAGCCCCGGAGAGGGCCAGGCUCCGGACGCGGGCACGCCGCCCGGCGGCGGAGGCAGAGGGGAUCACCGGCGCCCGGAGGGGGACGGCAAGGGCCCCCAGGGCGGCGGCCACCGCCCCGGGCAGCUCCCGGCCAACGCGGCCGAGCGGCGGCCGCUCCCCGCGGACGCGGACCCGGGCUCCGGCUGCCGGGACGCCUCUUCCUGCCCGGGGGCCCCCCCCGGCCCCUCCGGCUCGACGGGCGCCUGCCCCUCCUCGCACAGCUCGCUGACCGAGCGGCACAAGAUCCUCCACCGGCUGCUGCAGGAGGGGAGCCCCUCGGACAUCGGCUCCCCGCCCCCCGAGCCCGAGCGCAGGGACAGCGGCCCCCCGGGGCUCCCGGCCAACAGGGCGGAGCAGGAGGGGACCAGGAAGAAGGACCAGAAGGACCACCAGCUGCUGCGCUACCUCCUGGACAAGAACGAGAAGACCGGGGCCGCCCCCGGCCCGCUCAGCCUGGACGACGUCGAGGUCAACCUGGAGCGGGCGGAGCCCGGCAGCCCGCCCUCCCCGGACGAGGCGCGGCUGGGGCCCCAGGGCCGGUUCACCAGUGACCUGGAGCAGUUAGACCAGUUACUGCCGGCGCUGGAGAAGGCGGUACAGCUGCCGGGCCUGUGUGGGUCGGACCGGACGGAAGGCAGCGCGCCCGGGGUGACCCUCAAACAAGAGAUCGUGCCGACCCCUCUCCAGCCCUCCUCCGCCAGGCUGUUCACCGGGCUAAAGAGGUUGCCGGACCCAGAUUUGGGGAGCACCGAUCUCCAGAGCGGGCAGCCAGGGGCAGGUGACCCGCUCCCGUGGGCGGACAACGCGCUGAGCUCCGUGGCCCGGGGGGGACCACCUGCUAAACCGGAGGAUCCGUGUCUCGGCUCCCAGCUGGAUGAGCUGCUGUGUCCCCCUACGACGGCAGAGGGUCGCAACGACGAGAAGGCCCUCCUGGAGCAGCUGGUGGCCUUCCUGAGCGGCCAGGACGAGACCGAGCUGGCCGAGCUGGACCGCGCGCUGGGCAUCGACAAGCUGGUGCAGGGAGGAGGCGUCGAAGUCCUGGGCGAGGGAUUCCAGCCCCCACCGGCCCCCCAGCCCGCGCUGCUGGACCCGAAGCCCGGCAUGUAUGCCCAGCCCUACCCGUCGUCGGCCUCCCCUGCCUCCGCCGCCGCCGCCGCCUUCCAGGGCCUGGCAAGGCAGAAGCCCACCUUUGGGCCGGGGCCCGGCCAGGGGCCUGCCCCCCGUGGCGCCUUCCCCACCGCCAUGGGGUUACAGCCGCGCCCCCCCCGGAGCCGGGCCCCCACCGCCUCCAACCAGUUGCGCCUUCAGCUGCAGCAGCGGCUGCAGGGGCAACAGCAGCUGAUGCACCAGAACCGACAAGCUCUCUUCAGCCAGUUCGCAGCGUCUGCGCCCGUGGGCAUCGCCGUGCGGUCCGGCAUGCUGCAGCAGAUGGCGUCGCAGCCUCCCCUGAACGCGCAGAUGCUGGCCCAGCGCCAGCGGGAGCUGUACAGCCAGCAGCACCGGCAGCGCCAGCUCCUGCAGCAGCGAGCCAUGCUCAUGCGCCAACACAGCUUUGCGGGCAGCCUCCCGCCCACCGCCCCCGGAAUGUCGGCCCAGAUGGGGGCCGCCCGCCUGGCGCAGCCCUCCCCGCACCAGUUCCCUUACCCCCCGAGUUACGGUACGAACCCCGGAACCCCGCCCAGCUCGUCCAGCCCCUUCUCCCCCCUCCCCCCGGGCCCCGAGGCUGCCCUGGUCAGCCGUGGCGGUGUGGGCGGCAGAGCCAUGAUGGGCGGCCAGUUCGGAGCCGGGAUGAGCCCCCAGACGCAGCAGAAUGUCUUCCAGUAUGCGGGGUCAGGGAUGGGGCAGCCGGGAGAGGCUGGUUUCGCCCCCGCGCUCAGCCCCGGCAGCCCCACGGGGUCUCCGCAGAUGGCUGCCGCCCAGCCCAGCCCCGGAUACCAGUCCCCUGACGUGAAGACCUGGCAGCAGGGAGCACUGGGAGCGAGCAACAUGUUCGGCCAGGCCGCGGCCAGCCAGCAGGCCCUGUACAACAACAUGAGCAUAACGGUGGCCAUGGCCGGCCCCGGCGUCCAGGCCCUGAACCCCGUCAACGGCCACGUGCAGAUGGGCUCGCUGUCCGGCCUGAACGCCGCCGCCGUGUGUGCCGAGCAGGUGGCAGAUCCCACGCUGAUGCCCGGAAGUCUGUACUGCAGCCAGCUGCCCUCCGACCUUCUCAAAGCAGACCCCGACGGGGCCCAGAUGCAGCAGGUCCAGGUGUUUGCGGACGUCCAGUGCACGGUGAACGUGGUGGGGGGGGAGCCGUACCACCUCGGCCAGGCCGCGCCCCUGGGCGCCCCGUCGUCCCAGGUCCCGAAGAGCCUCCUGCAGCAGCUGCUGACCGAGUAGUGGCCGCGGGGACGCCGGGCGAGCGGCGCUCGAUCCCGGCGAGGGUCGAGGUCCGUCUCCUCCGCGGGCUCGGGGCCUCCGCCUGUGGCUGUUGCCCGGGCCCCGGGCUCUGGAGCGAGGAGGGGCCGACUGGGCACCGGAGGGCCGGGCCCUUGGCCCGUGCGCCGCCCGAGACGGCCGUGCCCGUCCCGGGUCCCCGGGGGCCGAGCCGGGCCGACAACCCGGGGCCGGGGCUUCGCCGGCCGCCGGCGCCGCCCUCCGGGGUUGGGCCCCGGGGGCGCUUCGCGCGGGACAAUCAGCUUUUUCUCGUGAAGGUCGGGGGUGGGUGGGGAGGGGGCUUUAUCUACCCCGGUCGCCGGAAGCGGAGCCGGGGCUCCCGGUCCGAGGCCCCCGACGCCCGGCC